AGAUCAGCCGUGGGAUUAAAGAAUAACAUGUGCAUGGCACUUGCCAUUAACAAAUAUCGGGUACAGAUCAAGAGGAACGACUUGCAGGUUGCAUCUUGCAAGUCAACCGUCCAUCUCCCUAUAAAAGGCGGCACGGCGAUGCCUCCGAGCCAUCGCCCGGAGGUGAUCGGACUGUACGUCUCUCUGCUCUAGAGAGCGGCUGUGGCCUCGGCCGGUUUCCCUUCUCGAUCCCCGACUGUCUAUCUCUAUUUUACAUCUUGGUUUCUUUUCUUUCUGUUAGAUCCCUUGAUCAUCUUCUUCAUUUCCUCCGUUGAACAUCCUUGCACGAUCAAUCUUUUUAUGAUCAACUUGCUGGAAAACUUCUGCAUGUUGUUUUAGUAGAAUUUCCUUCUUGCCUAAUAUUGUUUGGCCGUGCGUACUCUCUCUCUCUCUCCUAGAUUGGAUAUGGAUGAUGUUCUCGUCCACCGAUCAGCAGGCGGCCACAACUUCCGCCGGAGGUCUGCCGGCGGAGGCGGCCGGAGGGUCGCCCCCAUGAGCUUGCCACCGUUGCCUCCGAGCGCCUACGGUUUCUUCCCUUAUUCCUCGGCUCCUCCGGGUCCAUUUCUAUACCCGCCGUAUAACUUCUACUCGUGUGGCUCUCUCCCUCCCCUGCCGUUCAACCACCCCGGUCUCCCACCCCGCCCUCCGGCCACCAGGGCCAAACACGCCACGUUCCCAUACCAGCCGUCGACUCUGCCGCCUCGUCCGGCCGCCGUCACCAAGGUCAAACAGACAACGGCGACCGGGAUGACGGUGUCGGCGCCGAGGAAGAUGCUGGAGGGCAAGAGCAAGAAGCCGAGGACACCGAGGUCCGCAGAGGAGCCUCCAAGGGCGCAGCGGAGGAAGCCGCUGCAGAGGGCGGCGCCGCUGCCGGCGACGUCGGCGGUCACGGAGGCGCUGGACGACCUGGAGCGCGAGGUGACACGGGGCUUCGUGGAGGACCUGCUGCACGCGCUCGCACCGCCGCCCAGCAGCCUGCCCCUGCCCACCUUCUCCCUCGUCAGGGCGGCCGCCACCAAGGUCCCGGCGCCAUGCACGGUGUAGCUGGUCCUGGACACCUUCAUCGACGUCGAGUCGACAACUGCCUCUGCCGGGUUCAUUUUUAUUUUAUUUUAUUUUAUGUUCCUUUCUCCAAGUUUUUUUCUUUGGAUGGAAGAAACGCCGCCAUAAAAGGGAUCGAUCUAGUUUUAAUUUUCGUUCCUUUUUUUUUCAUUUUCUCCUGGGAGUUGUGAGGUCAAUGUAAACCUGGGCAAAAGUCUAGGUUUGCAUAGUAUUGGUAGUUGAAUUCUUGAUGUAUGAGGCAUGCUUUUAAUUGCCAUGAUAUAUGAAGAUCAACAUGUUCUUUUCUUUAA